AAGAAGAUGCCUUAUUCGAUCAUCGAGCAUGUCCUCUAAUAUCUUGUUCCUUUUCUCACUUUUCUGAUAAUAGUUCCAAAAGAUCUCGGAGGCGUAUCAGGUUCUGUCCGACCCAAAGCUGCGAUCCGAUUACAACAUGUAUGGUCAUAAUAAGGAAGUCUCUCCAGAAGGUGGUUUCGUGAAUCCGGAGGCAUUCUUCAAGCAGCAAUUUGGAGGAGAUCGCUUUGUCGACAUUAUCGGAGAAAUCUCGAUCGGACGCGAUAUGCGCGACGCCCUGAAUGAGCCUGAGGAUGAGGAAGCAGCAGAUUUGACGCCGGAGGAGAAGGCAAAGCGAGAGGCGACCGUCACCGAGUCGAAGGACAAGGCCAGGGAUGAGGCGCGUCAGGCAAGAGUUGACAAGCUGGUCAAGAAUUUGGUUCACAAGCUUAGCAUCUAUACAGACGGACCCUGCGACUACCAGGCCGCCAAGGCGUACCAAGAGAUGAUUCGUUUGGAAGCUGAGGAGCUGAAGGCUGAGAGCUAUGGUGUCGAACUGCUGCAUGCAAUCGGUUUCACCUACACACUGAAGGCCAAGCAGUACCUUGGUAAGAACGAGAUGCUAGGCUUGGGCAGCUGGUUCCACGGCGUCCGCGAGAAGGGCCAUAUUUUGUCUGAAACUGUGUCGACUCUUCGUGCAGCGAUGGACCUGCAGCAGAGCUUUAGUCAGCUGCAAGAGGCCGAGAAGGAAGAGAUGGAUGAGGCAGCCAAGAAGGCCCUUGAGGAGGCUGCUGCGUCAAAAGGUCUCCGUGCUCUUUGGAAGGGAUCCAAGCUUGAGGUUGAAGGUGUUCUGCGUGAUGUCUGUGACAAGGUUCUGGGCGAUCCUUCAGUACCCAAGCCAAUACUACUGAAGCGCGCCAGUGCUCUCAAGAUCAUCGGAGCUGUAUUUGAGGGCGUCAAGCCUGACAAGCCUACAACGCCUUAAAAGCAAGGAUACAGCGAUGCAAAAAAAAAAAAAAGAGACGGACAUGGGGCCCCAUAGAUAUCCCUCCGCGGAGCAUAAUGAAGCAAAGGCAUUUGAUAAGCGGAGCUCUACAAAAAAAUA